AUGGAGGGGUCUAAUAAUGGCAGUAGUUUAAUGAACCAAUCGUCAAUAUGUCUAAAGAUGAGAGAAUUAAUUGAAGCUAUAAAUGAGUAUACAAAGAACCGAACAGGAAGCAGUGCUCUAGUGAUUAACAAGUUCCUACAGGCAUACAGUGUGACAAUAGAUGUCAGUGCUUUUGAUCCAGAAAAUGGACUAGGUGCUCAGUUUUAUGUGAGCCUGCAUAAUCUUUUUACUAGUCUAGAACCUGAUUCUGACAUGGCUUGGAAUUGUGUAGAUGUCUUGUGUAAUGCAUGCAGAAAUGCCUCUGCAAGACAAGCUCUUAUAGAAACCUACCAGUUUGUGCCAAUGUUAUCAAAACUUUUGAAUGACCAACUCAGUACUUGUAAGAAGAAAAAGUUGUUGGUUCUUUUACAGGAUUUAACAUGUGGAAUAAAGUUAUCCUGGCAAGUUUCUCAUUUGCCACAUUUAUUGAAAAUCCUUACUAAAUGGGUAGAAGACAAGAACCAAGAUAUCAUCUGUCUUUCUUUAAGCGUUUUAGUAAAUUUAUGCUUUAAGAAUUUACCUGUAGUAUACACUUUAUCAAGAAUUAUAGAUAUUAAGAAAUUUUUACGAUUUUGUCUACCUUUACAAGGACCAUUAGUAGAAAUUCACGUAUGUAAAUUGAUGAUAAUACUAAACCACUUAAAUGACGACAUUCCAAAAUGUACUUUACUACACUUAAUAUCACCAACUUUCAAUUCCAUACAUGAAUCAUUGACCAAAAACGAUCCGGUGAUGCUAAGAUCUGUCAUUGAUUUUUUUGUUGACAUGAUCAGUUCCGAAAACAAAGAAGUGUUUAAGGAAUAUGAACAUUAUAGCGAACAAUUAGAAGCCUUAGUAAAGUCCAUACAUUCAAGACAAGUCCCGUCAGAAAUGGAAGCGACACCAUUACCUCAGCAAGAUCCCGAAUGUGUGAUGUUGACUAUGAAAUUUAUUUACGCUCUAGAAUAUCACAAGUUGUCCGAUUUUUCAAAACUGUAUUCGGCCAUAGUGAAAUUGGCUUUGGACUGGGUGAAUUCUGAAAAAGUGUCUUUUCAUGCAAAUAUGCUGUUAACUAUCGUUACACAAAAUCUGUCUGAAGGUACGGACAAUGAAGCAGAUUUGCAAUUACUGGGAUCCAAAUUGCCAGUGUUUUUAAAUAUGAUUCAAAAUGAAGCUUUGCCAGCCAACAUGGAUGCUUGUAAAAGAUUACGCUCACUUUUGCAACUAUUGCGGAUGAUGCUGAAAGCCAAUUCCAUAACGAGUGACGUAGUGAAAUCGAUAAACGAGAAUCUGUUGAUGAGUAUCUUUACUCCAAUACUUGCUGAGGAUUUUAAUGGUAAACAUUUACCGCUUUUGAAAGCCAACGAAGAUAAAACGUCUUCGACAGAGUAUGUUGAUACUUACGUAUAUGCUAUCGUAUUGGUUUGUGAACUUUCACAACAUAACGCGAAAUGGUUGGAGAAUCUGAGUUUAUUAAUGGAAAACAGGAACAUUCAAAGCAUUCUUGCCAUAGCCCUUUAUGGAAGUAAAAGUGAAAUAAGACAACUGGUCUUAGAAUUGGCAAGAUCGUCAAGAUUUCCGGUUUCCAAGAUAGCGUCCGCCAUGGAAACUUCACAAGCUAUGUUUUGCAAUAACAAAAAUUCGAGUUGGACACUAUCAAAAACAACAUAUGAUCCCGUAUAUCCUAUAUUGGGGUAUGCUCAAAUGGAAAUGGUAGAUGAUACUUUGAAGAAUUUUAAGAAACUAAUUGACGAACAAAACGUUUCGAAUGUAUCAGUAUGUCAAGUUAUCGAAUUGUACGAAUACAAAUUAGCAUCAUUGGCAAACUCAGAACUUUCGGCUUCGAAGAAUUUAGAAGCUGCUUCGGAAAGAUGCGUACAUUUGCAGCACAGAUUGGCACAAUUUUCCGAAGAGCACAACAAACUAGGACAAUUAAUACACCAUUAUGAGAAUAGACUGGAAAAAAGCGGAAAAGCUAUGAACGAUUUAAAGAGUUAUUGUUUGGACGAGAAGAAAAAGGCUGACACAGAAAUAGAAAACUGGCAACAAUGUGUAAAAAAUCACGAAACAAAACUAAAAGAAAUUAAAGUAGAACUUAUACAAAUGACAGAACAAAAAGAAAAUUUAGAACAACAAAUCAAAAAAUUCCAAAGCGUUAUACAAAAGUUAGAGGAAAACGGAAAUAGGGUAGAGAAGCAAUUACAAACUAGGGAGCAGCAACUCAAGAACGCAAAUUCCCAUAUUGAUGAUCUUAAUGGGCAAAUUAAGGAUUUACGAAAAACUCUGGAGCAGAAAGAAGCCAAACUGACUGAAACAACUAAACAGUAUCUUGCGACGAAAGAAGUUCUUAGUACGAUUACAAAACUGUCGGGUGAAUUUAGAUCAUGA